AUGUCUGUAUCUCAGAAACUUAUCGAGAACCAUAAGGUCAUUUUCGACAAGGCUGUCCACCACAAGCUCGCGGGAGAUUUAUGUGCGGGCACACUACCUGACAAAAAACUCUAUAUCUAUUUGGCUCAGGAUUUGCAAUUCUUCCAGAGCGGUAUGCGACUCUUAACGAAAACCACAUCUUUGGCACCAGAUAACCACAGCUUGCUCACCUUGGCAAAGAAAAUCGGAUUUUUUGCCAACGAUGAGAAUAACUAUUUCUACGAUUGUUUAGCUGAAGUGUCGGACAGUUUGAGCCCCUCAGAUCAAGACUAUUUCAAGAACAAUCAGUUGCCACAAGUCAAGAAAUACAUCAAAUAUUUGGAGAGAUCGGCCAAAGAUGAGACAUCAUACGCCAAGCUGAUCACUUUUGUAUAUUGUAUGGAACUGGUCUAUGUAGAAUGGCCCAAGUACUUUCCCCAUGCUGCAAACCUUCACUGGAAACACCAAACUUGGAUCGAUCUGCAUGCUGGCGAGCAUUUUGAAACUUGGUGUGACUUCCUAAGGGACGAAGUCGAUAAGUGCGACUACGAAGAGGUUUCUGAGACCUUUAGAAUGGUUCUUGAACUCGAGUUCGAGUUUUUCGAGGCCUGUUACCAACAAUAA